AUGGCCCAGCAGGUGCCCAAGUCAGGGCUGUUGGAGUGUCCAGGUAAUAUCUGUGGAUCACCCAUUGCAGAGGCAGUUUCCAGAAUACUUGUAACUGAUCAAAACGUUUCACAUAAUUGGUUAGACAGUGCAGUGACAUCCACGUAUGGAAUAGGAAACCCUCCUGAUUACCCAGGGCUUACCUGCUUCAAGAAUUAGCAUGGUGCUCCCAUGAACCACAUUGCCCCCGCAGGUAAAGAAGGUGUUGCCACAUUUGCUUAUAUACUGUGUAUGGAUGAAAGCAACCUGAGAGAUUUGACUAGAAAAAGUAAUCAAGCUAGAAACAGCAAAGCUAUACUUGAACUACUUGGGAGCUGCAAUCCACAAAAACAACUUAUUAUUGAAGACCCCUAUCAUGGGGAUGACUCUAGCUUUGAAAUAGUCUACCAGUAG